GGUCUCGCCAAAGACAAGAACAUUUCUCAGCUGCAGCUGAGAUUCCACAGACCACUGGAAGGUCCAAUAGACCUUUCAAUGGUCAUUAUAUGGCUCUUGGCUGUCGGAUGUGUAAUGGGAGGGGGUGUAUGGGCGUUCUUCCGGCACAGAGCAGGAAAGGAUAAGUUGCACGUUAAUGCAUCUUCAAGUGCAGGCUACACUUCUCAGUCGGAUUCGAAUAGUUCCUUCGAAAGUCGCUGUAGAUGCCUUGCAAGACACUCAAAUUUUCUCGCUAUUAUUGUCUUGAUGAUUAUUGUUGUUGGAGUUCUUAUGAUUGGAUUCUUUUUCCGUCCUGUUUUAGUUACAUUUUUCAACGUAACACUUGUGUUAUUCGGAUCGAUAAGUGUCUACGCUUGCAUCAUGGCAGUGCUCUCAAAUAUUUCUUUCUGGGAAUGGUGUACUGCCAAGCGGUGCACGUGGAUACCUCAACAUCGUUGUAUCCCGGAAGGAAGACCUAGUUUCAUCCAGUUGAUGGUGUUUACCUUAUCAUUCGGCAUUUGUGUCGUAUGGUUUGUUUAUCGACGGACGCCUUAUGCAUUUAUCCUCUUGGAUUUCAUCAAUGUUACACUAUGCCUUCACAUUCUAAAGUCUCUUCGAUUGCCAAGCGUGAAGUGGAUCUCAGCUCUUAUGCUAUGUAUGUUCAUUUACGAUGCGGUAAUGGUAUUUGUAACGCCAUUUAUCACACGUAAUGGCUGCUCUGUGAUGUUAGAAGUGGCAACGGGGAUCGAUUGCUCAAGCAGCGGGACUGAUGGAUAUCCUAUGCCUCCUAUUGAUGCGGCUUUACCUGAAAAGUUCCCAAUGCUGAUGCAAGUGCCACAUUUCGAUCCAAUGGCUGCAUGUAUUGACUUAGAUAUUGAAAAAGGCUUCCAGAUGACCAUUCUUGGGCUAGGAGACAUUAUUAUACCAGGUUACCUGGUUACGCACUGCUUUACCAUGAAUGGUUUCUCAGAACGCGUUCGCAUCUCUUAUGGAAUUCUAUGCUCGAUCGGAUAUGGGCUAGGCUUGAUAAUGACGUUCUGUGCUCUUGCAAUUAUGAACAUGGCUCAGCCAGCUCUAAUCUAUUUGGUACCAUGUACACUAUUCCCCAUAUGCAUAAUGGCUUGGAUGAAAGGGCAAUUCCGAUUAUUAUGGCAUGGGGCUGAAGAUCUUACUGACUCGACGGCUUCUCUCAAACCAAACACGGAUGACGACACGGGCCCACAAAAUGAUGUGAUAAAUAAUGAAGAAUCAAGUUCUACUCGACAGGUGUAA